GGUCCAAAUGGUCCAUACAGCUCUCUCAUAGAACACUGCAUCAACAGAGCAGCAUGCACCUCAACCCAUUCCACCCAUCUACUCGCGAUACCUUCUUGAUCAUCCCAACUCGGUACUAGACAGCACAUCGUAUACCUCUUUUUCUUGAGCAUUCGUCUUUUGUCGAGUGAAACCGGUGAACAGGACGGUUCACAGCGCGGCAGUAGCAUACGCCCCUUGCAGUCGGUCAUAAGGUGUUCUUGAUGGAGGCAUAUAUGUAUCUUCCUGGCAAUGGCUACGAGGGCAUCACCUGUCAAGACGAUCCAUGGCCGGAUUCAGCCAGCAUGCAGAGGAGCAGCUCCCAGUCAUCCAGUGCUUCCACCCUGAGCAGCAGCUAUACGGCCAGCACUUACAUGACGGAUUAUUCGUCUCUCGGCCAGCUGUCGCCUGUCGAGGACCUUGGCUGCCACGACCCGGCGGCAAGCUUGUACCAACUUCCAUGUUCCCAGCCGCAAGACGCAGAUCACCUUCUCUUGGCCACCGGGUCCCAGUAUCAAAUCAGUGACCAACAACACCUACCCCAAGCUCUGCAGCUUUGCACACCUUACCAGCUCUUUACGCACCUGGUCCCCAGCAUCGAAGCAGCGGCUCGUCAAGCGACGGAUCAUGCAAGUCUCAUGAUCCAAAGUCAGGGAUCGUAUCUGCUGUCGGGUCUCCUUGUUGUCACAUGCGACGUCGUCGACGAAGCGCUUUGGACGCUCCAAGAUCAAGGACAGGAUUCGUCUCCCCGGGCAGCUGUACAAGACGUCCUGUACCGACACCUCUAUCGCCAGUUCAAGGAUGGAGAGCAGUUCCAAGAGGACCCAAGCAGGACCCUGCGGGAAGCGGCCUACCAGCUUCAGCUCCGGCUUCAAGGCCCCAAGGUCCCGGAGAUAUGCUACUACGCCCUCCUUGCUGUAUUGGCCAAGCUGGCCGAGGACCUGAGGGCUGAGCCCACGGAGGAGGAGGUGACCGGAGUGAAAGCGGUAGCGGCGGAAGAGGAGGAGGUAGAGGAACCAACAACGGUCCCCGGGUCUCCUGACGACGCCUUCUUCGACCCUUCACAACUCCCAACGACAGAAAAAGAACGCUACCCGUGCCUGAUACCCGGCUGCAAGCAAAAGGGUUUCAGCCGGUCGGCCGACCUGGACAGGCACUACAAGAUGGUGCACCUCGGGGAGGAGCACAAGAAGAAGUACGCGUGCGACUACAAGAAGUGUGCGCGGCACGAUGCUCCCUUUUUCCGCCAGGACCACUUCCGUGACCACCUGCGCCUGUUCCACAAGGAGGACCUCCUCAAGCGCGGGUCGGGGGCGCCCGACCGCUCCUGGUGGGAGUCGCGCUCCCCGCGCGCCAUGUUCGCCGGCUGGUGGCGCUGCAACCGCUGUCUUGUCGUCCGUGUCGACUAUGAGAGACACGGCUUCGUCUGCCCGGGCUGCGGGAACCCCUGCGAGGCGGAACGACAGAAGUACAGAAUGGCUGCGGCUGCUCAGGCUGCGCGCGGGGGUGGGCGGAAGUGAAUCAGUUUCCAUUUCUCCUUCUUUCCCUCCCUUUUCGCUUUGAUUAUCUUCGUUCAUGGCGUUGGGUUGCCUAUCUUACCUGCUACUCCCGGCUGAUUGGGGCUCUCGCCCCCUAAGCCCCCGAUUCCAACCAUCGAUGGUUCCGUCAUGAUGCUUUGAGUACUAGAUGUCAUUUUCUCCUGUUCGGCUGGUCUCCUGGAUCGUUUGCAUCGUUUGUCUUUUUCUCCCUUUUGCUAACUGCGGAACCCUCCUUGACGAAAUGACAUGACUACGACGAUGACGAGGCUGAACCAAGUGACACAGUCUCUUGAUGAUACAGGGAACAUAUCUUUUUGCC